AAAAGAAAAAAAAAGGCCCGCUACAUUGCCCUCAUUUUUUGUCCUCUUUCUAUCAUUUCAUUGAAACUACAGUCUUUAUACCUCUUUAACACUCCCUUUUGCAAAAUUUGUUCUUCUCUCAAUGAUGGUAACUUUUAUUUUUUCUCUUCAGUGAAAUUUGUUGUAUGAAAGUUGGGUUUCUUACGUUUAGUUUAGUUCUGUUUGCUGUGGUGGGUUUGAAUUUUUGAGUUUUGGGGUUAGUUUUUACUGGAUGUGAACUUCAAAAUCAGAACUUUGAAAGAUUUUAGGAUUUUUGGGUUAGUGUUACGUUGCCCGUAGUUGUGAUUGUUGGAAUGCCGGGAAAGGAAGAUGCAUCGGGUGGUGGGGCUGAUGGUUCUCAGGACCCGUGCCAGCUGGCAAAUGGUCGGAGAAUGUACUGGCGGUCAGCAUCAUGGUCGUCUUCGAGGACUUCAUUGCCUCCGCUUAACCCAGAUAUCGAAAAAGAUGGGUUGGAUCCAAAUGGAAGUAGUAAUUGUUCUCAGGGUAGGAGGCAGCCUUUAACCCCUAGGUCGAGUUUCAAGGCUAGGUCGUGUCUGCCACCGUUGCAGCCAUUAGCAAUUGCUCGUAGAAGUCUGGAUGAGUGGCCGAGAGCAGGAUCCGAUGAUAUUGGAGAGUGGGGGCCACUUCCUUCUACCCCCAGUAGUGAGAGGCUUAAGUUGGAUUUGUCAAACAUACAUAAAAAUCCACCAGAGACUAACGGUGGGCUUGUGAGAAGAGAAAAGAUUGCUUUUUUCGAUAAAGAGUGUUCGAAGGUGGCCGAGCAUGUUUAUCUAGGCGGGGAUGCGGUUGCAAGAGAUAAAGAUAUACUAAAGCAAAAUGGAAUCACACAUGUUCUUAACUGUGUAGGGUUCGUAUGCCCUGAGUAUUUCAAGUCCGAUUUCGUAUACCGGACUUUGUGGUUGCAAGAUAGCCCGUCGGAAGAUAUUACUAGCAUUCUUUAUGAUGUUUUCGACUACUUUGAAGAUGUCAGGGUGCAAAAUGGAAGAGUUUUCGUUCAUUGCUGCCAAGGGGUUUCCCGGUCGACCUCGUUAGUUAUUGCUUAUCUUAUGUGGAGAGAAGGACAAAGUUUCGACGAUGCAUUUGAGUAUGUAAAGGCAGCGAGGGGUAUUGCGGAUCCCAAUAUGGGUUUCGCUUGUCAGUUGCUACAAUGCCAAAAAAGGGUUCAUGCUUUUCCUUUGAGCCCGAGUUCGUUAUUAAGGAUGUAUAGAGUUGCGCCUCAUUCGCCGUAUGAUCCCUUGCAUCUCGUCCCGAAAAUGUUAAACGAUCCCUCUCCAUCGGGAUUAGAUUCCAGAGGUGCAUUUAUUAUACAUAUACCUUCUGCGAUCUAUGUUUGGAUUGGUAAGAAAUGUGAAGCAAUCAUGGAAAGAGACGCCAGAGGGGCUGUGUGCCAGAUUGUUCGUUAUGAGAAAGUGCAGGGCCCGAUCAUAACUGUUACGGAAGGUGAGGAACCUUUGUACUUCUGGGAUGCUUUUUCCAAUUUCCUUCCGUUGAUGGACAAAUUAAAGAACGGAAGGGACGUUGUUGAGUCGUCGAGUAAAGUUUGCCCAGGGGAAAGAAAGGUGGAUAUGUAUAAUGUUGACUUUGAGAUUUUCCAAAAAGCUACUUCGGGUGGCUUUGUGCCUCCUGUUUCUUCAUGCGAGACUGAACAUGAAAUUGAAACCCGCCUUCCUGUUAGAGAAAGUUCUUGGAGUAUGCUAAGGCGAAAGUUUGUUUCCGGGAAUAUGAAGGAUUUUGUCUUUUCAACAAAGUCUGGUAUCUCUAGAAUCUAUCCUGAUGAUUCUAUGUUUGCAUCUAAACAGCUAAAUUCUUCUUCAAUGUUGUCUUCAUCGUCUUCAUGUUCAUCUUCUUCGUCAUCAGCCUCACCUUAUCUCUCUCCGGACUCGAUCUCGUCUGAUUCGAGCAUCAAUUCGAAAUGUCUUUCUGAUUCUCCACUUGUAUCACCUUCAAUCAUCCCUUCCAAGAUUUCUCCACAGUCCAUAUCUAAGACUUCAAAGUAUAUCGAUGUCAACUUCACUUCCCCAAAGACUUCUUCACAAUCGGCUCCUGCGCUAUCUAAAAAGUUUCCCCUUUCUAUCGCCGAGCGGAGAGGCAGCUUGUCGAAGUGUCUCAGGCUGCCAAUGCUGACUGAAGUGAAAAAUGAGUCUUUAAAUGAAGCAGCGAUUGGAGGCGAGAUUUUACAGUCCCCACAAGAGAUAAAGGGGAGUAAAAUCGAUGAACUGCAAGGGUCUUUAGAGAUUCUAAGCAUUGUUAAUCCAUCUGAUAAAGAAGCUUCUGUUUUUAGUGGCUUUCAUGAGUCAUGGGAGGAAAAACCUGUUGUAUAUCGGUGGCCCAGCUUGGAGAAACUUGCUACUUGUAGCAUUGAUGAUUUGGAUUCUAAGGGUGCAUAUAUUUUCAUUGUUCCAACUUCAGGUUUUGGAAAAGAGGCAUGUAAAGCUGUGUAUGUUUGGGUAGGAAGGUCUUUUAGUUGUGAGAUUAGCAAGAUUCGGCAAGUAAACCGCAAAGGGCUUGUUGGUGAUCCAGGGGAGAUUGACUGGAAACAGGCUGCUAUAGAUGUUCUUCAUCAAAUGGUUCUGCCAAUUGACACUAACAUUAAGGUUGUGAAAGAAAAUGAAGAGCCUGCUGAGUUCCUAGCAUUAUUGAGUUAGCCGUAAAGCUAACAUGAUUGAGGACGCAUCACGAAUCCCAGUAGAUGACUUCCUCUUCCGUACAGUUUCAGCUUCCAAAAUUUUCCUGCAACAAUUUUCUAGCUUUUGAGUGAUGUCCACCUGGCUAUAAUGUGUAGGGGGCUGCUUUUAGAAGUUGUCAGAGGUGGUUAACCUGAAUGUACAUGUACAGUGCUGCAACACCCGAUGACCCUUAGAGGCAAUUUGCUGACUUAACUACUUUUCAUUGUAAAUUUGCCAUGACUUAGAAAUUAGAAAUUUCACUGCCAGUUUAGUCUCUUAAUUCAAUAGUUACGUCUUCCUUUCAUUCUGUACAUUGCCUUUGCGCCAAUGAUUUUCAAAACUGCUGUUGGUUCCAAGCCAUUCUUAACGAUUAGAUGGUACUUAAUACUUUACAAUUAUGUUUACUCAUUCCAAACUUAAUGAUUUAGAUAAACUAUUCUUCUAUGUUGCA